UUUAUGACUACUGUUGUGUGGAAGCCACAUGUGGCUCCAGUGUCCAGCCAUUCGAACACAUACUGAGCAUUGACCUUACGCUCAGUCCUGGGUGAGACAGUUUGAAACGGACUCAGCUCCAGAAACCCAGCUUCAGAAUAAGUUUUGGGUCAGAAGGAAAAUGAAGGUAUUUCCCACUUGAAAAUUGAAAGCAAAUGAGGCAACUUCACUAUCUCUGGCCCCAAAUUGGAGCAGAAAACCACCUCAGGAAGCAGGGCAUGGACUUUUCAGUCAAGCAAAGCAAUGUUCAAAUCCCAGCUGCAUCACUUAUGAGCCAGACUGAGCAGUUGAUAACUCUGUGGGUCCUCUUUGUUUUCACCAUUGUUGGAAACUCCGUCGUGCUGUUCUCCACAUGGAGGAGGAAAAGGAAGUCAAGAAUGACCUUCUUUGUGACUCAGCUGGCCGUCACAGACUCUUUCACAGGGCUGGUCAAUAUCUUGACAGAUAUCAUUUGGCGAUUCACUGGAGACUUCAUGGCGCCUGAUCUGGUCUGCAGAGUGGUCCGCUAUUUACAGGUUGUGCUGCUCUAUGCCUCUACCUAUGUCCUGGUGUCCCUCAGCAUAGACAGAUACCAUUCCAUCGUCUACCCCAUGAAGUUCCUGCAGGGAGAAAGGCAAGCCAAGGUCCUCAUCGUGAUUGCCUGGGGCCUCUCUUUCCUGUUCUCCAUUCCCACCCUGAUCAUAUUUGGGAAAAGGAAACUCCCCAACGGCGAAAUGCAGUGCUGGGCCCUGUGGCCUGACGACUCCUACUGGACCCCGUACAUGACCAUCGUGGCCUUCCUGGUGUACUUCAUCCCUCUGACGAUCAUCAGCAUCAUCUAUGCCAUUGUGAUCCGAACUAUAUGGAUUAAGAGCAAAGCUCAUGAGACGGUGAUUUCCAACUGCUCAGGUGGAAAGCUGUGCACCAGCUACAACCGAGGGCUCAUCUCAAAGGCAAAAAUCAAGGCCAUCAAGUAUAGCAUCAUAAUCAUUCUUGCCUUCGUCUGCUGUUGGAGUCCAUACUUCCUCUUUGACAUUUUGGACAACUUCAGCCUCCUUCCAGACACCAAGGAGCGUUUCUAUGCCUCUGUGAUCAUUCAGAACCUGCCAGCAUUGAACAGCGCCAUCAACCCCCUCAUCUACUGUGUCUUCAGCAGCUCCAUCUGUUUCCCCUGCAGGGAGCAAAAAUCACAGGAUUCCAGAAUGACAUACCGGGAGAGAACUGAGAGGCACGAGAUGCAGGUUCUGUCCAAGCCAGAAUUCAUCUAGACGCUGGGGCAGUGGUAGUGCUAGGCUGAACCCCAUCAGCUCUCCUGGGUCCUUGUCACCACCUUGGGCAUGUGCAUGGAGCCUGAGCCGACUUCUCCUCCUUGCUCCUUUCUUUACUUGGGAGGUGCACAAGGCAAAUAUCCUAAUGAAUGUGUGUCACCUUCCUUAGCAAGUAUCGGCCAAUAUGAAGUCACCAACUAUUCAUGCCAGUCAGGAAAUAUGGCCCCUCCUUCCUCACCACUCCCAGCCCUCCUUCCCACCGGUCAGCACCAGAAUCCAAUGGACAGAGACAUCACUGGCCCAGAGUCCAGGCUUGGGCAAGCAUAGAGGACUAAAGAAGCAUGGUUGUAUAUGAGUAUUCUAAUUACAAUUUAAGAAGUAAAUGAAAGACUUACCGAGGCCUAGAUUUUC